AUGAAGGCUUCCCUCGCCCUAACUCUCCUCCCCCUCAUCGCCGCCACCCCAACUCCUUCCAAACGCGAGCCCGAGUCCGCCCCUGGCCUCGGCGAUCUAGCAAAGAAUGCCGGCCUAGAAUAUUUCGGCACCGCAAUCGACAACGUCGUACUCAACAACACGCAAUACACCAACAUCGCCUUCAACCGCUCUGAAUUCAAAAAAUGGAUGCACAUCGAGCCCGCCCGCAACGUCUUCAACUACACCCUCGGCGACCAAGUCAUGGUUCCCGCCAAAUCCGCCGGCCAGAUCCGCCGCUGCCACACUUUCGUAUGGCACAGCCCAAUUGCCCGACUGGUUAAUGAAGCAUUUGAAGAAGAUGGCUCGUACCGCAAGGAUGUGUGGCUCGACACCAUUGGACCCGAGUACAUCGAGCAUGCGUUCCGUUGGGCGCGGCAAUAUACGAACCCCGGCACAAAGCUGUACUACAACGACUACGGCAUCGAGCGCGUGAACAACAAGAGUCUGGCGGUGCAGAAGAUGGUCAAGGAUUUCAUUGCGAGGGGCGUGCCGAUUGAUGGUGUGGGCCUGCAGGCGCAUUUCACUGUCGGGCGCGCGCCGACGUACGACGAGGUGCGCAAUUCGCAGGCACUCUUCUCUUCACUUGGUCUAGACACCGCACUCACCGAACUCGAUGUCAGAAUCGCGCUGCCCGCAAACGCUACGACAGAAGCAAUCCAAGCGGAAGUCUACGCGAAUGCUACGAGGGCGUGUGUUGAUGAGAAGAAGUGCGUUGGUGUGACGGUGUGGGACUUUUGGGAUCCGGUUAGCUUGGGUACCGUCGGCAUUCCCUGGGAAUGGAGACGCGUGUCUUUGGAGGGAGAAUUUCGAGCGCAAGCCGGCAUACUAUAG